AGACCCCCAGCGCCGGGCUAAUGGAGGCAACUUAGCCAGGAGCAGGCGCGGCCCCUCGUUUAUCAGCGCGCGGCGCUGCCUGCUCCCCCGCCCAGGGCGCUGCGCCCCCCCAGCACCCCGGAGCGCCGCCGGGCCCUGCGCAGGGCGCUGCACCGCCCCCAGGGUCUAUUGGCUGUUCGCGCUGCCCCGAUGAUGUUACCGAGCCCCGUCACCUCCACCCCCUUCUCUGUCAAAGACAUCCUCAACCUGGAGCAGCCGGAGCCGCACUAUGGAGUCCCGCUGCCCCAGCACCUGGAGCAGCAGUUCCACUCGGCAACCUGCCUGCUGGCGGCCGGCGACGGCUCCCGCUUCUCCGACGGGGAGGAAGAGGAGGAGGAGGAGAAGCUGUCCUAUCUGAGCUCCAUGGCCGCGGCGGAGAGCCAAGGGGACGUGGGGCUCUCCCCGGAAAACUACGUGCACGCGGUGCUGCGGGGCUCCUGUGAGCCCAAUGGCCCGGGAGAAGAGCUGGAGCGCGCCGGGGAUCGGGACCCCAAGCGCUGCGCCCCGAAGCCGCCGGCGGGCGCCGCGGCCAAGCCGGAGGAGGCGGAGAGGCCGAGGCCGCGGAGCCGCAGGAAGCCCCGCGUUCUCUUCUCGCAGGCGCAGGUCUUCGAGCUGGAGCGGCGCUUCAAGCAGCAGCGGUACCUGUCGGCGCCGGAGCGCGAGCACCUGGCCAGCAGCCUCAAGCUCACCUCCACGCAGGUGAAGAUCUGGUUCCAGAACCGGCGCUACAAGUGCAAGCGGCAGCGGCAGGACAAGUCGCUGGAGCUGGGCCCCGCGCCGCCGCCGCCGCGCCGGGUGGCCGUACCGGUGCUGGUGCGGGACGGCAAGCCGUGCCUCGGGGGCUCGCCGGGCUACGGCUCGCCCUACAACGCGCCCUACUCCUACAGCGGCUUCCCGGCCUACGGCUACGGCAACGCGGCCGCCUGCAACGCCGGCUACGGCUGCAGCUACCCCGCGGGCGGCGCGGGCGGGCAGCCCGGCUGCAGCCCCGGCGCGGGCGCGGGGCCCUUCGUGAACGUGGGCAACCUGGGCGCCUUCGGCGGCGCGGCCCAGCCCCUGCACCAGGGGCCCGCGGGGCCCUCCUGCAGCCAGGGCGCUCUGCAGGGGAUCCGGGCCUGGUAGCCGCGCGGGGCGGCGGACACUCUGGGCCAGGAGGGAGCCUGGUGGCCCCGGGGAAGGACAGGGACCCGCGCCGCCCCCGGCUGGUGCCCGCAGGCUGCACGCUAGAGGCAGACUGGAGCCCAGCGCAGCUCUCCGCGCCGCUUCGCUCAGGGCGGGAGCUGCAAACGCCGGCCAGCGCGAUGGCCCAGCCUCCUCCCAGGUGGGGCAACUGAGGGCCGCUGCGCUCCGCGGAGCCCCAGUCCCGGCCCCUCCGUGCCCCUGGCGGGGGCGGGGGACCGGCGCAGCAGCUGUUGGGGCCGCAGGGCAGAAGGGGGCUCGGCCCAAAGCCUGUCCGAUCCCCCACGGCGGCUGGGGAUGGGAACGCGUCCCCCGGCUCUGGGUGGCUCGGCUGCCGGGCUGGGCAUGGAGCUGGAAUCCCCGCACCGUCCAAGCAGCUUCGCUUGUAAAAAGCCAAAGUGUCGGGGUCUGGGGGAGGCAGCCGCGCGGAGAGCCGGGCCCCUGUAUCUACUCUGUAUCCGCUGUAAGUGCCAGCCCGCGCAGGAG